CCUGCUUGCGGUCCUCACUCCGCCGUGCACCGUCCGCCACAUACGAGCCCUCCAUCCUGCACUCUGCCUACCAUGCCUGCGCUCGUCACGAACACUCCUUCACUGGAGUCGCUCACGUCUACAUUCCCUCUCACAGUCCCUGUCCCAAUUCCUACGAGCAAUGCUGAUCUAAUCUCGACGAAGGACAUUGUCCGGGAGGAGGACCUCCUGCGGAAUCCAUUCUCCUUCCGGCAUUGGUGGACCGCGAUACAAAACACAAAGGAAGCCUCAGCUGCGUCUCUCAAGACAGAGGGGCCCUUAGACCUUAGCCCGGAGGUCGCUGCAUUGCUCGGUCCUCUCGCCUCGCCGACCUCUCGCAAGUCGCUGCAGCGUUUGACGUACCUGUAUGAGGCUGCUCUCGUCAACUUCCCGACUUCCUUCAAGCUAUGGAAGUCAUACUUACAAACCCGAAUGACAUACGUCCUGGGCAAACUCGUGGUCAAAAAGAGGGCUGGUGGUCGGAAGAAGCUUCCUGAGAUGAGGGAGGCGUUAGAGGAUGAGAAGGAGGACAUGGAGAAGUGGGAGGGUGGCCUUGACGGGGUUGUGGGGUGGGAGGAGUGGAAGGCUUUGGUUGCAACGUUUGAACGUGCUCUUAUGUGGCUACCCAAAAUGCCUCGAAUCUGGCUGCUAUACCUUUCGAUCUUCAACCAUCCAUUCUGCCCUCCUCUCCUCUCGCACACGCACGCUCGACGUACGUACGACCGUGCUCUUCGAACACUACCGCCUUCCCUGCAUGCCCGGGUAUGGGCACGCUACCUCCUCUGGGCAGAGAGCAAAGGCGGUACCACAACCGUUGCUGUAUACCGACGGUACCUCGCUGUCGACCCCAGCAUCACGGAGCGAUACACUGCGCUCUUGCUCUCAGAGAACAAUCCGGAUCCCCGGCCUCUCGAUGCUGCGAAGCUGCUGUUGUCUUUGGCACGAAAGGCAGCAAGAGGCGAGUACACCAGUCCAGAAGGCAAGAGCCCAUAUCAGCUACUGGGGGACUUCCUGGAUGUCGUGGAGCAGCAUGCUGAAGAGGUCGGUAUGGAUGUUGAUGCCACCGUCGAGUCGCAUGAAGCGCAUGCCAAGGCAGAAGAGGAGCAACAGUCAUCGACCGUCCCUACGGAGCCUGCAUCCGUAGACGGCCAACUGAUUCGGUUCGCGGGUCCUGCUGUGGCAGUCGGCUCUGACGGAAAGACGCCUCUACCACCAUACGACGAGGAUGAGGAUCCUAUAAGACCAAGAAAGCUCAACAUUGAGCGCAUCGUGCAUAAGGACGGACUGGAGUUCUACAAAGACCAAGCGGGGCGGCUGUGGACGGGUCUAGCGACGUACUGGAUCAAGCGUGGCGAAUUCGAUCGCGCGAAGUUGACUUUUGAGAACGGCAUCGCGUCCGUUCUGACUAUCCGCGACUUCACGCAAAUAUUCGAUGCGUACGCGGAGUUCUCGGAGAGUCUCAUUAGUGCUCUCAUGGAGAGCUUGGCCGACCCAGACGAGGAUGAGGACGAAGAGGAUGUCAAAGAGACGGAGGCGGAGCUAGACACGAAGAUGAAGGAGUUCGAGGAGCUCAUGGAUCGGAGACCAUUCUUGGUCAAUGAUGUGCUCCUUAGGAGGAAUUCCAACGACACUCAAGAGUGGGAGAAGAGGGUGGCCCUCUGGGGAACAAACGACGAGAAGGUGGCUGAGACGUACGGCCAAGCUCUCUCGACCGUCAACCCCAAGAGAGCCACUGCCAACUUCCAUCGGCUAUUCAUCAACUUUGCGAAGUUCUACGAGGAAGGCGGUACAACCGGGGAGGCCGAGAAAGACCUCGACAGUGCUCGCAAGGUCCUCGAGAAGGCUACGAAGGUGAAUUUCAAGGCCGUCGACGAGCUCGCCGAGGUAUGGUGCGAAUGGGCCGAGAUGGAAAUUCGUCAUGAGAACUACGAUGAAGCCAUCCGGGUCAUGCAACGCGCAGCAGCGAUACCAAAGAACACGAAGAUCAACUACCACGACCAUUCGCUAUCCGUCCAAGUGCGGUUGUUCAAGUCUCUCAAACUUUGGUCCUUCUAUGUCGACCUCGAGGAGUCGCUCGGAACAGUAGAGUCGACGAAGGCAGUGUACGACAAGAUCCUCGAACUGCGUAUAGCAAACGCGCAAAUCAUUAUCAACUACGCCGCAUUCCUUGAGGAGAACAAGUACUACGAGGAGAGCUUCAAGGUAUACGAAAGGGGUACCGAGCUGUUCACGUUCCCAGUCUCGUUCGAGAUUUGGAACAUUUACCUCGCCAAGUUCAUCAAGCGAUACGGCGAGACGAAGAUAGAGCGUGCGAGAGAUCUCUUCGAACAGGCGCUGGAGAAGUGCCCGCCGAAGUCGUGCAAACCGAUAUUCCUGAUGUACGCUGCGUACGAAGAGGACCACGGGCUAGCGAAGCGAGCCAUGUCCAUCUACGAUCGGGCCACACGAGUCAUACAGGACGAGGACAAGUUCGAGCUGUUCACUGUCUACAUCGCCAAAGCCACAGCCAACUUCGGUCUUCCCGCUACGCGACCAAUAUACGAGCGAGCAUUGGAAGUACUGCCGGACAAGCAAACAGCGGAGAUGUGUCUGCGCUUCGCCGCCAUGGAGCGGAAGCUUGGCGAGAUCGACCGUGCGCGUGCCAUCUACGCCCACGCCUCGCAAUUCUGCGACCCAAGAGUCAAUCCCAAGUUCUGGGCGGAGUGGAAUAGUUUCGAAAUCGAGACAGGGUCCGAAGAUACGUUCCGCGAAAUGCUCCGGAUUAAGCGGAGUGUCCAAGCCCAGUUCAACACGGAAGCGUCCUACUUGGCUGCACAGAUGGCGACGAAGGAAGGGCAGAGUGAUGCCGUUGAUGAAUCGGCCGUCCCGGCAGACCCAAUGGCACAAGCCGAGCGACAAGCUGGCAAGGGUCCCGCAUUUGUAUCCGCGAAAAGCAAUCCCGUCCGCCAGGAGUCGGAGGCACCACCGGCCACCGGCAACGCGGACGAGAUUCAAAUUGACGACGACGAUCUGUAGUGUUUUGUGCUCUGCCCGUGUGUAUCGCUGUUGUAGUGUAGUGUCUUCGAUUUAUUUUGGACCGUUCCAACGGUCGAUCUCUGCUGCACACA